AUGAAGGCAUCGGGCAAACGAGACGAAAAGAUCCAGACGAUCAUGUUCUUACGACAUGGCGUGGCCAAGCACAACUUACCAGACCCAGUCACGGGAGCCUCGCCCAAUUUGCGUUCUCCCACCCUCUGGGAUCCACCGUUGGUGACACAGGGGAUGAAACAAGCUCUGAGUGUCCGCGAACGCCUUGCGGAUGGACCACUUCAAAGCGUCGAUUUGAUUAUCGCAUCGCCGUUGACGAGAUGUCUCCAGACGGCUCAUUUGGUCUUUUUUCCUCCUGGCACUUCCUCUUAUGACAAGGACCCCAUUCCCUUGACGUGCAUGGAACAAGUACGCGAAGCCUACGGAAUGCAUUAUCCAGACAAACGUCGCGACAAGUCUUUGCUAGAGAAACAUUGGCCGUUUGUACAUUUCGAUCCUUCCAUGACGGAUCGAGACGAACAAUGGAGUGAGACUCGACGAGAAACCAUAGACGAUGUCGUCCAACGAGUCACGCAAUUCUUGGACUGGGUAGCGAAACGGGAGGAAACCAACAUUUGUGUCGUCUCCCAUGGGGUCUGGAUUGAAGCAUGCUUCCAAGCAUAUUUCCCAAUGAUGCUGGAGAAUGGAAGACGCGUUUACAAUUGUGACUUUUUUCAGGGACAAUUGGUCUCACAGAAUGGAAAAUUUGUCAGACUGCAAAAUCUGGGAAGGAUAUGA